GGACACUUUUCUUUGAAACUGGCUGAAAAUCACGUGAUCUCCCUCCUUUCCCCAUGUUCCAUUAAUUUUUCUUUUAAACUACCAUUACCAUAACUACUCUCUCUUUCACUCUCUCACGCACUCUCUUGUUCCUUGCUGCUGUUAUUCUUCAUACAUCUGCAUACACCCCACUGUGGGUGGUUUCACUCUCAGAUCUGUCUCCGCCGGGCAAGGAAAAUGGGUUUGGUAUCCCGGAAAAUAUUCCCAGCAUGUGAGAGCAUGUGCGUAUGCUGCCCUGCACUGAGGUCACGAUCCCGACAACCCGUUAAGCGCUACAAGAAACUGCUCGCUGACAUCUUCCCCAAAUCCCCUGAUGGCGCUCCAAGUGAACGGAGAAUUGUGAAGCUAUGUGAAUAUGCUGCAAAAAACCCUUUUCGAAUCCCAAAGAUUGCAAAAUAUCUUGAAGAAAGAUGCUACAAAGAGCUUCGAUCUGAGCACAUUAAAGUCGUCAAUAUUGUGGCAGAGGAAAAUGGGUUUGGUAUCCCGGAAAAUAUUCCCAGCAUGAAAAUGGGUUUGAUAUCCCGGAAAAUAUUCCCAGCAUGUGAGAGCAUGUGCGUAUGCUGCCCUGCACUGAGGUCACGAUCCCGACAACCCGUUAAGCGCUACAAGAAACUGCUCGCUGACAUCUUCCCCAAAUCCCCUGAUGGCGCUCCAAGUGAACGGAGAAUUGUGAAGCUAUGUGAAUAUGCUGCAAAAAACCCUUUUCGAAUCCCAAAGAUUGCAAAAUAUCUUGAAGAAAGAUGCUACAAAGAGCUUCGAUCUGAGCACAUUAAAGUCGUCAAUAUUGUUGCAGAGGUUUACAUUAAAUUGUUAUGCAUGUGCAAGGAGCAAAUGGCUUGUUUUGCUGUUCAUCUACUGAAUGUAGUGGUGGAGCUGUUGGAUAAUUCUAAGCGAGAUGCUGUCCGGAUAAUUGGAUGCCAAACUUUGACUAGGUUCAUUUAUACUCAGGUAGACGGAACCUACUUGUUUAAUAUAGAAAACUUAGUUCUAAAAGUAUGCACACUAGCUCGUGAGGCUGGGGAAGAGCAUCAAAAGCGCUGCUUGAGGGCAUCAAGCUUGCAGUGCCUUUCAUCCAUGGUGUGGUUCAUGGCUGAGUUUUCUCAUGUUUUUGACGAUUUUGACGAGAUUGUACAUGUGACUUUAGAUAAUUAUGAACGAGGCACACCUAGUGAGGAAGAUGAUGAAAGAGGGGACGCACAUCAUAAUUGGGUAGAUGAAGUAGUCAGAUGUGAAGGAAGAGGUGGUGUUGGUAGUGAAAUUAGUCCUAGUUGCAUGAUCAUCCGACCACAACCAGAAAAGAAAGAUCCUACUAUUUUAACAAGAGAAGAGGUUGAGGCACCAGAAGUAUGGGCUCAAAUAUGUAUACAAAGGAUGGUUGAAUUGGCCAAGGAGAGUACAACAAUGCAUCGGGUAUUGGAUCCAAUGUUUGUCUACUUUGACACUCGGCGGCAUUGGGUUCCUCGGCAUGGGUUAGCCUUCAUUGUUCUAUCUGAUAUGUCAUACUUUAUUGAGAGUCCAGGGAAUCAACAAUCAAUUUUGGCUGCUGUUGUUCGUCAUUUGGACCACAAAAAUGUUUCACAUGAUCCUCAAAUUAAAUCACUUGUCCUUCAAACUGCAAGUGGUUUGGCUCGACAGGUUAGAUCUGGAGCUGUGCUCUCAGAUAGUGGAUUUGUCAGUGACCUUUGCAGGCAUUUGAGGAAGAGCCUUCAAGCAACAGGAGAAUCAGUUGAACCGCAAGAGUUAAAUUUCAACAUUACACUCCGAAAUUCGAUUGAAGAUUGCCUACUAGAAAUCGCUAGAGGGAUUUGUGAUCGUGGGCCACUAUUUGAUAUGAUGGCGAGAACACUGGAGAAGCUUCCAGCUGUUAAAGUUGUUGCUAGGGCAACCAUUGGAUCAUUGAUCAUUCUUGCUCAUAUGAUUUCACUGGCAUCUGUCUCUUCACAGUCACUGCAGGUGUUUCCAGAUGCACUUCUUGUUCAGCUUUUGAAAGUAAUGUUGCAUCCAGAUGUUGAAGUACGAGUUGGAGCACACCAGAUAUUUUCUGUACUUCUUAUCCCAUGUUCUAGUUGUUCAAGACGUGAUGUUUCGAACCAUACAAGGAGUUGGCAUUCCAAUACCACAUCUGUGUUUGCUUCAAUUACUGCUUUACUUGAGAAGCUUCGGAGGGAAAAGGAUGGAAAUGAAGUAGCAAAGCAUGGAAUUAAUGUUCAUGAUAAUUUUAAGGGAGUGGAAAAUGCUGAAGAAGAAUGGAAGCAGGGGAGGGCCCACAAGAAUUCCCCUAAUUUCCAAAAAAUUAGUUCUAUCAUUGACAGGACUGCUGGAUCAACUAGCACAGCUGAGGCUGAACCAUCUAUUAUGAAAUUUAGUGAAGACCAAAUGGCCCAGCUGUUGUCUGCCUUCUGGUUACAAGCCAAUCUUCCAGAUAAUCUACCUUCAAACGUUGAAGCUAUAGCUCAUUCUUUCUGUUUAACACUUGUGUCAUCACGGCUUAGGGGUUUGCUGUUCUUUCCUUCUUCUCCAAGGGCCUAUGUGGGAACUGCCAGACGGUACUAUGCCAGCCAACUGGCGGAAAAGCCCGACUUACAGAGGGAAGUUCUUUUAGGAAGAAGGGCGACUAAUGAUGAUGGUGUCAUACGAUGUUUCAAACUUACCAUGUUACAGAACCCCAAUGACAUCCUGGUGGUACGCUUCUUUCAGCUUCCCCUGUCACUAAGGAAGAUGUCCUUGGACUCUAACCAAGGAAUGUUGCCUCCAGCUUAUCAGAGAUCACUACUUAUCUUAUCAACCUCAAUGUUGAUGUUUGCUGCAAAAAUGUAUCAGAUUCCUGAUGUGAAUGAUUUACUCAAGUCAUUAUUUAAUUGUGAUGUUGAUCCCUAUGUGGGCAUCAGUGACGACUUCCAAGUUUAUGCAAAGCUUCAGGCGGAUGUGAGAGAAUAUGGUUCGACCACUGAUAAUGAAGCAGCUGCAUCCUUGUUGUUUGAGUUACAGAAUAGGAUAUAUGAAUCUGAAAAGAUCACACUAGAGAUCUUGGUUCGGAAUCUAUCAAGCAUUACUGAGCUGGAGACAGAUGACCUAAUGAAGCACAUGUCAGAAACAUUCACACCUGAUGAUGCAUUUGUGUAUGGUCCACAUUCAAUGCUUGACUCGGAUCACGUACAGGCAUCUGCAUUCUCCAAGGAAUCUUCUUUUGAUGGGGAUUUCCCUACUAAUUCAUUUGAGGAUGAUGUGACCAGUGAAUCAUCUGUUGUUGACCUCUCCCGCUUUAUUCCCAGAAUACCUCCAUCCCCAACCCCUUCCAUGUCUCACAUUGUUAGCAUUGGGCAGCUUUUGGAAUCAGCACUCGAGGUGGCUGGUCAAGUGGCUGGAACAUCUGUCUCAACUUCACCCCUUCCGUACAGUGCCAUGGCUAGCCAGUGUGAAGCUCUUGGCGCAUAUUCAAGAAAGAAGCUCUCUAGUUGGUUGAACCAUGAAUCCCACCACACAAAAGGUGCUGAUAUUCUGUUUCCGGCAUUCCCUGAAGAUGGACGGUCAACCAUCAAGAAGAUUGCCGGUGAAGGUGAAUCUGUCCAAGGAGCUUUGCUGCCAAUGGACCCAUGGCUGGCUCUCAGGUUGCCUCCUGCAAGCCCUUUUGACAACUUCCUCAGAGCAGCCCGGGGUUAG